GCACCAGCCCUGGGGGUGUGGAUCCAGUUAUUCGCCGCUGACUGGAAGCAGAAGGCUACAUCAUGAGACGGCGGUCCGAGCAGUGAGCCACCCGGGCUGAGGACAGGGACGAAACAGUGGCAGCUCGACUCACUUCAGACUGCUACACCACCACCGCCACCAGCAGCAGCAGCAGCAGCAGCAGCACUGUCCGCUCACCACCAUCAGCAACAGUGUGCAGCUUUUUCGUGGCGGUGAGAGGCGACGCCGGGGCUGACCAGGGAUCAGCCCAUGCAGGAGGAUGGAGAUAGAGAAGAGGACGAAUGGGUUCGACUACCCGGAGAGAAACAACGCCAAGUCUGUUAGCGGCUUUUACAGUGACCAUCCUUUGGAGUCUGAACAGAACGACAGCAUGGAUGCAAUCAAUGAAAAUAAUUUAGAUGAUCCAGCUGACCAGCGUACUUGCCUUAUCUGUGGAGAUCGCGCCACAGGCCUGCACUAUGGCAUCAUCUCCUGUGAGGGCUGCAAGGGCUUCUUCAAGCGCAGCAUCUGCAAUAAGCGUGUAUACCGCUGCAGCCGCGACAAGAACUGCGAGAUGUCACGCAAGCAGCGUAACCGUUGCCAGUACUGCCGCCUGCUCAAGUGUCUGCAAAUGGGGAUGAAUCGCAAAGCAAUCAGGGAGGAUGGCAUGCCAGGAGGGAGGAACAAAAGCAUUGGGCCCGUUCAGAUCACAGAGGAGGAGAUAGAGCGGAUCAUGUCGGGGCAGGAGUUCAAGGAGGACGCCCCGGAGCACACCUGGGGCAACAAUGGCGACAGCGACCACAGCUCUCCCAGCAACGGAGCCUCGGAGGGCAACCAGCCAUCACCUGCCUCCACUCUGUCAUCCAAUCGCUCUGUGGAAAUGAAUGGCUACACGGCAGCCCUCAGGGACCAGUAUAUCAACACCUCCAUGUCUACACACUACCAGCUCCUACCUCACCUGUUCAGCUAUGCUGCCCAGUCGGGCCUGCUGGCCCCACAGCCCCGCAGCCUCUACCCACAGUCCCACCCACUGGUGCUGCAGCUGGUGGCUGCUGAAGAUCUGGCCCCCCUGGCUACCCCUAUGCUCAUAGAAGAUGGGUACAAAGUGACACAGGUGGAGCUGUUUGCCCUGCUGUGUCGCCUGGCAGACGAACUGCUCUUCCGUCAGAUCUCCUGGAUCAAGAAGCUGCCAUUCUUCUGUGAGCUGUCCAUAGAGGACUACACCUGCCUGCUCAGUUCCACCUGGCAGGAGCUCAUCCUUCUCUCCUGCCUCACCAUCUACAGCGCCCAGAUAUUUGGAGACCUGGCAAACAUCACCGCCAAGUACACCCCAUCGGACGAUGAGCUGCAGGGCUUCAGUGAGGAUGGCAUGGAGGUGAUGGAGAGGUUGAUAUAUCUGUUUCGCAAGUUUCACCAGUUGAAGAUCAGUAACGAGGAGUAUGCCUGUAUGAAAGCUAUCAACUUCCUUAACCAAGAUAUCAGAGGCCUGUCCAACACCUCCCAGCUUGAGCAGUUGAACAAGCGCUACUGGUAUGUGUGUCAGGACUACACUGAAUACAAGUACCCGCACCAGCCCAAACGCUUCCCUGAGAUCAUGAUGUGUCUCCCUGAGAUCCGCUGCAUUGCAGGGAAGCUUGUGAAUGUCCCUCUGGAGCAGCUCCCUCUCUUGUUCAAAGCAGUCUUGCACUCCUGCAAAUCCAGCCUAACCAGCUACAGGACCGGCCAGUCGCCCUGUGUGACCACCUCCUCCGGAAACUAGACCCCCGCCCCCAACCCCCCGAGUCAAGGGACUGGUCUCCCCUCUUGUGAAUGUGACAAGCAGCUAGUUUGUUUUUGUAACUUUUUUCUUUAUAUAUUUAUUACACGACAGAGCUGAAUGUAUGCUGAUUUACACUGUGCACAUGCUUCUGUACAAAACAAAUGCUCAUAGAUGCAUUGGUCUUUGGAGUUUACAAGUGUGUAUCCAGUUUGCUCAAUGUGUCAGUGUUGCUAUUGUUAGAGCUAGACUUUAAAAGAGUUUAUUUUAUUCAGAUGGGGGCGGAUAGACACUUGACGAGUGUUUUGAGACUACCUCAGGAAGAUGUUGUUGCUAUUUUCAGGUACCUUUUCUUGCUGUUAAAUGAAGAGUUGCCCAGUCUAAAACCAAAUCCCUGUGGCUGCUUUUGGCACCUCAAUCAGAGACUGAAUGUUCUCAGGAGCUGCAUGAAUCAAAGAUUGAAAAACAGUGUUUUAAUGCACUGAAAAUGCAAAAUGAAUUAGCAACACUGAGCUACUUUAUCUGCAUGGUCUCUCAGACAUUCUGCUUAUGGGAGGCGGUCUUGUCAAUUUAACAUUCCAUGAGUUAAGGUGACUGUUGGAUCUGUGGGAUCUUCAUUGAAAAAGGAGCAUACGGGUAUUUUUUACAAUCAUAGACUGGGGAUGUAAGGCUUUAUUGCAGGGAAAGGGGAGGGUAGCUAUGUUUGCUGAUUUUAGUGUUAAUGUUUUUCUUUUUGACCAAAGUGUUAUGCAAUGCUUUUCUCAAACACCCAUUGAUGGGUAAGAAGCUGAUAGCUCCACAAAAAAGAUUUCUUAUCAAUGAAGGAUCAGGAUAAGAAAUGAAUCAAUCUGUGUCAGAGGGAGAACCCUCUGCUGGACAGACGAGUAUGUUGCCGGAUUUCAUUCAAAAAGCUGCUAAACGUGCACAUUCUGGUGCACACAUGUAUGCACAGAGCAGAUGUGACCCCCCAGUCUUUGUUUUUCCCUCUGCUUCUCUUCUGAUGGUUAGUUUCUUGGGCACUGCUGCCUUUAGUGCCAGGAACUAGAUGCAUUGUAGCCUUUCAACACACUGUCACCUAAAUCCAAGGUCCAUGGUACUGGCUGUUUGGUUAAAGGUGGUGGUCUGUGGGAACUCUUACAUUCUUCCAUUUAUACAGAACAAACUCAAUCAGAAAUGCAACACUUUUGAAGUUUUGAACAGCAAUACAUUAUAUCUUCAAAGAAAUAAAAGCUUUGUAAUAACCAUCCUCACAGUGGGUAAAUGUAUAGAUAAUUAAGCUUCAAUUAAUAGUUAUUGGACUGUGAACAUUGGAAUACCAUACAAACCAGUUAUUAAGCACACGUACAUCUUUGUAAACAUCAGUUGCAACUUUAUAAUAGCCAUCUAAAUAAUGUUUACAGAAGAACUACACAUUAUUUCUGAACCGUUUACAAAGUAUUAUAAACAUUAGUUGCAAAUGUACGAUAAACAGUUGGUUUGAACAUGGUUUAUAAAGCAUUUCAGUGUUUGUUAACAGUGAUAUAACUAUUAACAAAGGUUUAAUUAAAUGAUACUUUGAUGAUAGUUUCAAUUAAUGAUGGUUAUUAUAAAGUGUUACCAAAGUGAUAUGCCAGAAUCAAAAUGGAAUUGACGAUGACUGAAUCCAGGUCUGAGCAUGAGCCAAAUGAAGGAGAGUUGACAAAAAGUGCUUAUAAGUGCAGUAUGUAAGCUAGUUGAAUGUUGAAUCUCUUUCUCAUAUUGUCAAAUACUGAUGCUUUCAGUCAGUGGCCAGCCUGACCAACCAAACCAAAGCAUCAGUAUCAGGAAAGGGAUUCAUCAAUCAACUGUGUUUCUAAAGAAUCAUUUUUUCCACCUUUAACACUCCGUGUUUGUGGCCUCCAGUUCAUUUGGAGGUGGUGUAGAGUGCUAGCUUCGGUUUGCUCAUCCACAUUUAAACCAGUUGGUCCAUUCAGCGGUUGUGUUGUGACCAGUUUAUAUCAGUUUUACAGGAACUGUUUUCAGGUCUUGUCAGGUCCAAUCACAAUUUUGCACAGACCAAAGACCAUUAGCAGUUCAUGUUGGACCUGAUCCAGAUCAGUUGUGGUCCUCAGUGUUCAGUGCUGGUUCAAGUUGGCCCAAAGACCAACAAAGGAACUUUGUUUAUCAACUGGCUCACACACAGUCAGCAGAUUAUCACUUUAACCUUGCUAGCGUUGGAUUCAGUGUGAUUGAUCUGCCUCAUGUGUCAAUGGAUCAAGGCCAGGUUUAGAGAAUUAAGGUGACAUACCUCCAGCUUGCAUACCCUAUUUGACAGAUAUGCACAUUGUUUAAAAAAAGCCAUAGAAAAUGGUCUUUAUUUUUGAAGUAUGAGAUGAUCAUGUCAGACCACUUGAAGUGUCUCCUUGGAUUCCUCAAGUUUUCAGCCAUUUCACGAUGUACGAACAAUUUGAAAUGCAGACAAAAUGCAGUCCUUGCAACGACUCUCUUUUUUGCACACAACGGUGAGGUUCUGAGACCUUGACCCUUGAACGCGGCCACUGCCCCACCCAGUGUGUUCCUCUCUCUCAGGUCCCUGCCGACCUGGAUCUAAACAGGGUAAAGUGAGUGUUAUGUAUUGCAUUCAGGAGUUCCUCAGUGACCACACUGAUGUACUUGUAAUAUUAGUAGAUGUAGAUUCCAGGACAUUGUAGGUCCUCUGUAGAAACGUGUUUUUCUUUUCCACUUUAUUUCCGCCAAGGUCCCCAGCCCAACCUCCCACCCCCACCCUUAUUCAGCAAAAGUGGAUGUGGUUUGAUGGUGAGACAUGCAGGGUGGAUUUUUCUCUUGGCAUUAGUGAUGGGCAGAGUGAGAGGCAUCAUCAAAAUGUCACAGCUUCUCUCUCCUGUUACCAUCCGCCUCUCUGUGUGCAGCCUUAACAACACCAACCGUCCAAUGCAGUGUCCCUCUUUCAAAUUCCAGUUAGUCUCUUUUUCUCUUUUGAUUUUUUUUAAAAUACAUUUUCAUGUACCUUUUGUAGUUAUUGUGAAUGUUUUGGGUUAUUGUUGUUUUUCACAUAUUCAUUGUUCUUUUGUUUCUUUUUUGGGGGGAUGGGGGAGGGGGAGUAAAGACAACCACUGUCAUUUUAUAAACAUUGAAUGAAUUCUUGACCUUUUUCGGGUGUUAUUAAUAACUCAUUCCCCUUGUCCACAGUGGUUCAUGAAAACAAAGUAUUACUCAGGAGAUGUCAGCCACGUUUUAUAUGGACAGUAUUGAUAUCUUGGAGCCUUUUACAUAUUAUUUUGAAUCAUUUUACAGUUCAAAUGUGAUGUUUUUGAGCCAUCUGUGGUUCCAAACUUGAAUGAAUAUGAAUAUACUAAUUUCUACCACCAGGACUCUCAGAGCAGUUAAGAUAGGUGUGUGCAUAAUAUCGUCUCUCUCCAUAUCCUAAAAUGUGCAUCAAUACUCACAGAGGCUUCGGAGGUCAAAAGGGCAAUUUCAUCUAAAUGAUAAAAGACAUACGAUAUUUUUUUUCUCACUUACCUCUACUGAUACCUAACCAUUCAGAUAGCUCUGAGUUUGUUUUUCAUUUUUUUCAGGUUUUAAGAUAUCUGUCCCCCCUCAACCCAAGGGAGGUGAAUAGAAUUCACCAUCAUAAUCUCAGCAGAUAAAAUCAUCAUAAUUGUCUGCAUAGCUGAGUAAGGCAAGUGAGAAAACAUGGGGUGUGUUUUGUUUUUUUCAAUUUUGGCGAAGUGACCUUUUAAACCACAUAAUCUCAGGGAUACGUACUUUUUUUAAACAAAAGUCUGAGUGCUGUGAUUCAUCUAUGAAUGAAAACUCCUCCUAAAAUCCUUUACCACUGCUGAGAAACAGCUACAAUUAAGUGUCAUUGUAGUUUUUUCCCCCAGAAAAAUAUAUCUACAUUCUAUGCGCUGUCAAGGGUUAGUGUCAGAAUGUAAAGCGCAAGGGCUGCCAUUUUGCACUGAAGUCUGUCUGGAAAAUGCUUCUAAUCUUAGCAGUAGAAGAAGAGAGAGGUUCAGGAUGGCCUACCACAAACCCACUUCAGCUCAAAGUAACUCCAGGAAUGCACUGAACAUCACAGACUGCUGAGAUCUGACAGUGGUAGAGGAUCUGAAGGGGGAUUUUUCCUUUAAUGUAGCAGCAAAUGAUAUCAAUACCCACCUCAGCUCAUCAACAAUAACUAAAAGCUCACCUCAGCUACCUUGCUGCUACUGCUCUGACAUUUGAACUGUUGUAUUUUUGAUACACAUGCUAAGAAGUGUUCUUUAUAUUUUCUGUAUUUGUAUUUUUUUUUUUUGCAGACAAGGGAUAUGUCAUUUGCAAUUUCUGUACUGAAACUACCUCUUUAUAUGUCAUCAUGUUGCUUUAAAAUGGGUGAUUUUUGUCUUAUUUAUUGGUUUCAUUGCACCAAUGUUCUGUUGUUUUGUUUCUCUUUAUUUCCCUCAAUGACCUCUCAGAUUUAUAACAAGGGCUGAUACCUGUUUUCUUUCUCUUCUUUUUUUAAUGUGUAAACUUGUUGCCUCAUGAUCCUCUCUACCUCACACUUGCCUGCUGUCAGCAGCUUUCACCAUUUCUGACCUCCAACUCAAAAGCAUGCUACACGCCAGACACUCUUAAUUUCUCAUGUCAGAGAUCCUCUUCUUUUGGCUGUAUUUCGUGUUAAAGUAGUGUCAUCUGUCAUUAUUACUUCUGCCCUGUUAUCGUGACUACCAAAGAUGAAAGAAUGACAAUGUCAGCAUAGUGAUGAAGCAUUCACAUAAUGCAUUCUUGCUGCAGUUAACCAGUGCUUUAUUUUUCUUUGUUGACCUUUUCCGAGUACAUCUUGUUAUCUUGUGAAUGGCUGUUUGCUGUGUACACUAUACUCGCCUCAUCAUGAUAUGCCAGUGUGCUUGCUCUGUUGUUCUCCAUGAUUGUAGUUCACUGGUAAUACUUCAAGGUAACAUGGAGUGGUACCAGUGGGACUGCUAUCAUAUCUGACUCUGUCAAUGGAGCUUGUGAUCGAUUAUCGAUCAAAGAAUGUCAAACUGACAGCUCCUACUUACAGUUUACAUGCCCCAGCUCACUCAACCACAGACAGAUGACUGAAGAGUAAUCACUGGGGUUGGACCCAUAUGGCUUUUGAACAGAAAACACCUGCAUCAUGGCUCCUACAAUAGGGAAACUUUUAGAGGUAGUCAUCAUUUGCAUACUUUUCCUCAUUUUACCCAGUGUGACGUUAUUGCCAAGAUUUGGAGAUGCAUAGUUUAACCAACUUAUUUGGAAGUGAAAACCAGAACUAACAGUGGGUUUUACCCCAAAUGGUCAUUUUAAACAUCCAUUAAAUGUUUAAAUUGUGCAAACAUCCAUUUGAUCCAGCUCACAAUGGAGUCAUUCAGUAGUUUCCUAUGAAAGGUCAAUGCAGGCAAACCAACACGUGUCCAACCUUAGUACUGUAACACUGUAAUAGGUGAGAUCUGGAGCACAGGGUUAUAGUACACUUUUAAUAAGUUGCAGCAACUUGUGUUAAGAGUUAAACGCUCCAGAUCUCAUCUUUCUUUUCGAGAAUCCCUUACCACUGUUAGAACCCUGUUGUACAGGAGCACAAGAUGAGAAGAGUUCGGUGCAAGUAGAAGAAAGAGUAGAAGAAUUUUAACAUAUCUCAGGGAAGAAAUAGAUUUACACACUCAUCAUCUUUGACAGACAAUUGAAACGCCUUUGUUUUUAUCUUCCAAAAUCUCUUGUCUGCUCUUGUUACUUUAACUACCUGUGAAGAAUGUGAUCCGUUACGUGUUGAAAGCAUGUUUAGAAUGUGUUAGGACUUGAAACCAAAUAAAUGUGAACGUUAUGCAAGUACA